GGUUCCUUCACUUCCUCGUGUCAUGUCGCUCAUGAAGGACGGAACCAGGUCGGAGGAGCAGCCGCAGGUCUCCCGGCAGCAGCUGUAUGAGGACUACGUCCACUUCUACCAGCCGCGUCCCGAGGUGGCCCCGUGCCGCGACCCGUCGCUGCUCAACACGGCGGCUCGGUACCUGCGGGGGGGCCCGCAGCCCCCGGGGCCUUUCACCGUGUUCCCGUUCCACCGGGCCGUGGCGCACCACCGGGCGCGCAGCGGCGCGUACGGGAGGAAACAUCUGUGCGCCUUCAGCAGAGCCACCCAGCUGCUGGAGACCAUCUGCCUCAAUCUGUUCCUGCAGCCCUGGAAGAAAGAGAUCAGGACGCUGAAGACGUUUACGGGCGCGUUUAUUUACGGUCUCGUGCCGGUUCUCAGCAGCUCCACCAUUCAGUCCGUUCUGGCUUCCAUCGGCUACGUGCCUCGUCCUGACACUCCAAGUGAAUACAGACUGAGAGAAGAUGCUGACCCAGACAGGGCCAUGCUGCUGGCCUUUGAGCUGCUGCUGGCCAGGGUGGAAUGUGACCACCUGCUGGAGAUCUUGGAGAAGGAUCAGCUGGAACCACAGGAAUUUAUGGAGGUCCUCCAGAGGAGAAUGGGGCCUUCACAACUGGAUGAACCUACCGAGAAAACAGGAACAGGGGAAAACGAAGAGGAGAACCAUGAAAUGGAAGAGGUGCCUCUGAAUUUGGACUCCAGGCUCACAGUGGAAGCCCAGCCCGAGCCUCCAGGCUGCCCCCUCGUCGGCGUAGACGAGUCCAUAAUGGAGAUGCAGAAGACCUACCCUGACCUCGCCUUCAGGGGCCGUCCUCUGCUACCGGACAAACCUCAACGAACAAACAGCAGCAGAAGAGAUGUUCCCACCACCACCAGCACCAAUGACCCCAGUGGUGACAGUAAAGGGUCUGAGCGUAUUAAAGGCACGCAUUCAUCUACACGCAGUCAGGAUGACAGCAGAGCCGAUGACGACGACGCAUGCAGAGGCAGAGGUUGUACCAUCAGGAACAGCGAUGGAAGCAGAGAGGACGGGGAGACGCAGAAACAUGGAGGGGCCCAGCCAACAGCAGAGACACCUGCCUGCACGCUAGCAGACAUACGACGAUCGGCCAACCAGAAGCCUCCUCUCAGCUCGACGGACGCGGUGCAGCAGAAAGCAGAGCUGGCCGAGAGCCCCCUGCAUGUGCAAGAUACCAAAAAGGAAGUGGAGAGAAAACUGGACAACCACGGGGAGGAGGGACACACACGAGAGGACACUCUGGGUCAGCCAGUGACGGCGGGGCCAGAACCAGGUCAUGCUGCAAGUAGAUCCUCCCGGUCUGAUCCUGCAGAGAUGGAGGAGCAGAAGCAGCACCUCCCACUGGCCACCGGUGCAGCAGAGAGCUUCAGAGGAGGGGACGGGGCAGAGCAGCAGGAGUCAAAGGACACGGGGAGAGACGAGGAGCAGCUGACAAAGAGCUUCGUGAUGGUGGAGCUUCACAAGAAAUGACUUUCCCCUGGUUGCAGAUUUACAUGCAUAUGGACAAUGUCAACAACAGAACUGUUCAACAGUGACUAGUAGAGAUUAAAAACAACAUUUGAAUGCAGUCCCGAUUUUAUGAAUACUAAGUUCAAGCUCUGCCCUGCACACAGUCUCAGGAAAUGCUUGUGUCCUGUUAAUUUGUUUGUUAAACUGGGCGCGUUCACCCUGUAACCACCAAAGGAACAGAAAACAGAUACAAAUACAGAAAUCAACUUGAAUUAGCAGAUAUUUUAUUAGUAAGUGGAACUGUUAGUAGGAAAAGGUUGUUUUUUUUACAUUUGGAGUCAUUUGUCCACAUAUAUAGAACAUAUAGUGUGUUAGAAAUGUCCCAAAUCUCAGACUCAAUUCCUUAGUCUGUACACAUGCAACAACUUGUCCCGAAACCCUCACAUCGGCACAGCAAAACCCUUCAACAGGCAGAAAGCCAGAGGAGUGUCCCCCCAUCAGGAUGGACAGUGAGACAGAUGUCCUGUUUGAUAUAAAUGAUUGAGAAAUAAUGCUAAUAAGGACUAAGGCCCUACUUAGAAGUGCUAAAAUAAAGCAGAUUAGGGGAGGUUUGGUCAUAAAUAUAUUUUUGUGAACUUUUGCUGACAAAUUGUCUUAAAUGUACCUUUUUAAAUAAAUACUUAAUAUUUGAAACCAA